GCAGCGCCGCGCAGCCCGUACCCUCACACAAAGCCCAGACGCGGAGAAAAUGGCGGCAGGGGUCGAAGCGGCGGCCGAGGUGGCGGCGACGGAACCUAAAAUGGAGGAGGAGAGCGGCACGCCCGGCGUGCCAAGUGGCAACGGGGCCCCGGGCCCGAAGGGUGAAGGAGAGCGACCUACUCAGAAUGAGAAGAGGAAGGAGAAAAACAUAAAAAGAGGAGGCAAUCGCUUUGAGCCAUAUGCCAAUCCAACUAAAAGAUACAGAGCCUUCAUUACAAACAUACCUUUUGAUGUGAAAUGGCAGUCACUUAAAGACCUGGUUAAAGAAAAAGUUGGUGAGGUAACAUACGUGGAGCUCUUAAUGGACGCUGAAGGAAAGUCAAGGGGAUGUGCCGUUGUUGAAUUCAAGAUGGAAGAAAGCAUGAAAAAGGCUGCGGAAGUUCUAAACAAGCAUAGUCUGAGUGGAAGACCACUGAAAGUCAAAGAAGAUCCUGAUGGUGAACAUGCCAGGAGAGCAAUGCAAAAGGUGAUGGCUACGACUGGUGGGAUGGGUAUGGGACCAGGUGGCCCAGGAAUGAUUAAUAUCCCACCCAGUAUCCUAAAUAAUCCUAACAUCCCAAAUGAGAUUAUCCAUGCAUUACAGGCUGGAAGACUUGGAAGCACAGUAUUUGUAGCAAAUCUGGAUUAUAAAGUUGGCUGGAAGAAGCUGAAGGAAGUUUUUAGUAUGGCUGGUGUGGUGGUCCGAGCAGACAUUCUUGAGGAUAAAGAUGGGAAAAGUCGUGGAAUAGGCACUGUUACUUUUGAACAGUCCAUUGAAGCUGUGCAAGCUAUAUCUAUGUUUAAUGGUCAACUGCUGUUUGAUAGACCAAUGCACGUGAAAAUGGAUGAGAGGGCCUUACCAAAGGGAGAUUUUUUCCCUCCUGAGCGUCCACAGCAACUUCCCCAUGGGCUUGGUGGUAUUGGCAUGGGGUUGGGCCCAGGAGGACAGCCGAUCGAUGCCAAUCACCUGAAUAAAGGCAUUGGCAUGGGAAACAUAGGACCCGCAGGAAUGGGAAUGGAAGGCAUAGGAUUUGGCAUAAAUAAAAUGGGAGGAAUGGAGGGACCUUUUGGUGGCGGUAUGGAAAACAUGGGUCGAUUUGGCUCUGGGAUGAACAUGGGCAGAAUAAAUGAAAUCCUAAGUAAUGCACUGAAGAGAGGAGAGAUCAUUGCAAAGCAGGGAGGAGGUGGAGGUGGAGGCAGUGUCCCUGGGAUCGAGAGGAUGGGCCCUGGCAUUGACCGCAUUGGGGGUGCCGGCAUGGAGCGCAUGGGCGCAGGCCUGGGCCAUGGCAUGGAUCGAGUGGGCUCCGAAAUUGAGCGCAUGGGCCUGGUCAUGGACCGCAUGGGCUCAGUUGAGCGCAUGGGCUCGGGCAUCGAGCGUAUGGGCCCACUGGGCCUCGACCACAUGGCCUCCAGCAUCGAGCGCAUGGGCCAGACCAUGGAGCGCAUCGGCUCCGGAGUGGAGCGCAUGGGUGCCGGCAUGGGCUUUGGCCUCGAGCGCAUGGCCGCGCCCAUCGACCGCGUGGGCCAGACCAUUGAGCGCAUGGGCUCUGGUGUGGAGCGGAUGGGCCCUGCCAUCGAGCGCAUGGGCCUCAGCAUGGAGCGCAUGGUGCCCGCAGGCAUGGGGGCUGGCCUGGAGCGCAUGGGCCCUGUGAUGGAUCGCAUGGCCACCGGCCUGGAGCGCAUGGGCGCCAACAACCUGGAGCGCAUGGGCCUGGAGCGAAUGGGCGCCAACAGUCUCGAGCGCAUGGGCCUGGAGCGCAUGGGCGCCAACAGCCUGGAGCGCAUGGGUCCUGCCAUGGGUCCGGCCCUAGGCGCUGGCAUUGAGCGCAUGGGCCUGGCCAUGGGUGGCGGUGGCGGUGCCAGCUUUGACCGCGCCAUCGAGAUGGAGCGAGGCAACUUUGGAGGAAGCUUCGCAGGUUCCUUUGGCGGAGCUGGAGGCCAUGCUCCUGGGGUGGCCAGGAAGGCCUGCCAGAUAUUUGUGAGAAAUCUCCCAUUUGAUUUUACAUGGAAGAUGCUAAAAGACAAAUUCAACGAAUGUGGCCACGUGCUGUAUGCCGACAUCAAGAUGGAGAACGGGAAGUCCAAGGGGUGCGGUGUGGUUAAGUUUGAGUCGCCAGAGGUGGCUGAGAGAGCCUGCCGGAUGAUGAAUGGGAUGAAGCUGAGUGGCCGAGAGAUUGAUGUUCGAAUUGAUAGAAAUGCUUAAGCAGUUGCCUUUUUUAAACAUCGAUACCAGACCUCUGAAUUUGUAUUUUUUCUUGUUAACCAUUUUAAUUUGUUGGCUGGAUGUAUAAAGAUGUUUAAAAAAUUCAGUUGCUUUUUGGGGUAAUUUGAAUUACUUUUUUAAUGACUGGGGUUCCAUUUGACUGUUUGCAUUGAGAUUGCAAUGUGCGCAAUUUUUUUUGUAGUUGUGGCAUCUUGUUGACAUCGAAUAUGACUUUGAUAAUAAAUACCAGUUCCUGAAAAGA